AUUCGAAUCGAACGUCCUUACGGGAGCCAGGCGCUGGCGAAGCGGCGCGCCGGCCAAUCAGCGGCGGCCCCCGAACGUUGGGUCGACCCGGCCCCGCCCCGCGCUGUUGUUUGUGGUUCGGCCGGGCCGCGGGAGCCGAACCACAACAUUCGCCCGGCGGGCGGCGGCGACGGAGCGGCGGCGGCGGCGGCGAGCGCGAGCCCCGGAGCUCCGGGCAGCUGGCCUCCCGCGCCCGCGCAGCCCCGCGUCUGCGUCCGGCCCGAGCCGCCGGGCCCCGCGCCGCGCCAUGUCGGUGAACAUGGACGAGCUGCGGCACCAGGUCAUGAUCAACCAGUUCGUGCUGGCCGCGGGCUGCGCGGCCGACCAGGCGAAGCAGCUACUGCAGGCGGCUCACUGGCAGUUCGAGACCGCGCUGAGCACGUUCUUCCAAGAAACCAACAUUCCCAACAGCCACCACCACCACCAGAUGAUGUGCACUCCCAGCAACACCCCGGCCACACCGCCCAACUUCCCCGACGCGCUGGCCAUGUUCUCCAAGCUCCGCACCUCCGAGGGCCUGCAGAGCAACAGCCCCAUGUCAGCGGUAGCCUGCUCCCCGCCUGCAAGCUUCAGUCCCUUCUGGGCCUCAUCCCCGCCCAGCCACCAGGCGUCCUGGAUCCCGCCCUCCUCCCCCACCACCUUCCACCACCUCCACUGCCCACAGCCCACGUGGCCCCCAGGAGCACAGCAGGGGGGCGCCCAGCAAAAAGCCAUGGCAGCCAUGGAUGGCCAGAGAUGAGACUGGAUGCCGCCAGGCGCUGGGCUGGAGCUGAGGGCAGCCCAGGGUUGUGGGGACACAGGAGGGCCGGGGAGGGGGGAGCCGGGGAGGGCAGGGGGUUUCCCGAAGAUCGCACUGGAAGAUUUUAUAAAAGAAUUUUUGUGGGUGGGGGGGAUAGUAAACUUCCUGGGCCAUUUGGGUCCUUCAGGAGUUUUUCAGGCAAGUUUUUCUCUCUUUUUAAUAUAUAACUAUAAUAUAUAUGAAUAUAUAAAUAUAACUAAUGUCUGUGAGAAUGGGCCUGGCAUAGCUGGGGUGCUCAGGGCUGUGGCUGCCUCCUCCACCCGAGUCUUGAGGGUAGGAGCGCGCUGCAGAGCCAGUGAAAGAUGUUGGGGCACAAGGCAUCUGUCAGCUGCCUCCUCCCACAGCCGUGCCUUCCGGAACCUGGAAGAGACACCCAGCAGCCGCUGCAGGCGGGGUCCUGGGAGGGCCUGAGGCCAAAGGUGUGGAAGGCCCUCUUGGCACGGGGCUCCCCCUCCCCCCGCCUCUUCCCCACCUCGGAUUGCUGGUCGUGGCCCCCUAGUCUCCUGCUGAAUGUGCAGGGCUGAUGUGGCCCUGAGGAGCUGACUGAGGUCAAAGGCCAGGCUCUGCCCAGUAGGGGCCUUGGCUGCCCCAGGCACGCUGCCCCUCCCACUGUGAGUCUCAGGUCCCAGUGGAGGGCCUGCCUUUGGAUGUAGUUCCUGAAUUGAAAUCCCAUCUCACCAGGGUGAAAUUUUAAUUUAAAAACUUAAAAAGAGACUUUUCUAA